AGCAUGGUUACGGCCCCAACCUGUGUACGUAAGCGAACGCUAGACUUUAGCUGCAAAUAUCGUAACCUAGAUAAAUUUUCAACCGAUGUGGAACACUUUCUGGAAGAGUACGAUCACAUAGUGCAACACUCCCUAGCGUACCACAGAAGCUUCCGGCGACAUUUAAAGCAGCUGUACAAUGCCAUUACGGAGCUGUUACAAAAAUUCGACCACAUUCAAUCCAGCGGUACGAAAGGACAAUUGUUCAUGGAGAAGUUUUGCUGUGGAGUUUUGUUUGACGAUAGCGAAGAACUGAAGCGGCACUACUUUGAAUAUCACAACUUUGCACGGCUUAUCCAUCCAAGCAUAGUGGAGCUUCGUUCUGGACAUGGUAAACUGCAAUACUUUCAACGCCGCGUGCAGGAGUAUCUGUAUUACGCUACCGAAUCUACCACAGUUUUAGUGAUGAAUUUGAAAAAAAUUGCCAACAACUUGUACACCACGUUGGAGCGUGGUCCGAAGUGGUAGCGGGAU